AAAGCCCAUAACAGAAAUACUGGAAGAAGAGAAAACAAAUGGAUAAGGAAAGGGAAAUAGAAGCAAAGACCUUGAGAACAAAGCUGUGAAUUGAAAAAGGCUGGAAAAUAUGGACUUUUCAUCCCACCGUGGCAUGCAUGAAGGAAGGUACAGGUCUCCUUCCCUUCAAGAUACCACCAUGAGCUCCAGCCACACCCAGAAGAACCGAGGGGACUCCACUCCGCUGCCUCCAAUCAACGAGCGCCUGGCUUUCCUGCGGCCGUCCAGAGAGCUGUUAGAGUAUUACCGCAAGAAGAUCGCUGAGUUUGAUGAGGAACACAAGGAUCUGGUGAAGCAACUGGAGCAAUACAAAGCUACCUUUGAGGAGCAGCACAAGCUGCAGUGGGAGAUGCGUCAGCGCGAGGAAGAGAUCUCGGAGCUGCAGAAGGCGCUAAGUGACAUGCAGGUUUAUCUGUUCCAGGAACGAGAGCACGUGCUGCGCCUAUACUCGGAGAAUGAUAGGCUGAAAAUCAGAGAGUAGGAGGAUAAGAAGAAGAUCCAGAAGCUCUUGGCAUUGGUUGGGACCAGUGAGGGGGACGUUACUUACUUCCACAAGGAGCCCCCAAACAAGGUCACCAUUCCCCAACGUGCUGUUCAGUCUGGGGAUCCAUACGCCCGGAAACUGCAACGUUCAGGCCAGGCAGGUACCAAACAAGCACCCCUGAAAGCACCGGGGAAGCAAGACAGAAGCAAAGAGGGCAAGAAAGAAGAUCCCCAGAUUCUUUUGCUUCAGCUGGAGGCGCUGCAGGCCCAGCUGGAAGGGCAGACAUGACUAUCCAAAGAGCAGAUAGAGACUCUGUUAGAGGACAGGAAGGUCCGCGUGGAAGAAACCCAGGUGCAGCACCACCAGGACAAAAUGAAAUCUAUGACAGAUAAGCUGAAUAAGACCCAGAAAUUGCUGUACGAGAGCACCAGGGAUUUUCUGCAACUGAAUUGCAGAGCCAAUGAGAAAUCUUGGAUGGCCGAGAAAGAUCGGCUGCUCCGAGAGCUAGACCGGUGCCGAGAGCAGUUGGCUUUUAGUACUGACCCAGAGCAAGAGCGGGAAAACGAGCGAGAGAUCCUGCGUUUGUCAUUGGCCGAGAAAGCAAGUCGGCACUCUCACAGUGAGGAAGUGAAGUCUCUUACAGAGCAGCUGGCACAAGCACAUCGCCUUGCUGAAAUGUACCGGGAGCAGUGUGUGACUUUGGAGGAUGAGCUGGGAAAGAUACGUGAGGAGGGAGACGUGGGUAGGGAAAUCUUCAAGGAACAUUCAGAUAAGGUGGCCAAGCGGCUGCAAUUGAUGACGCAGAGAUACGAGGCUCUGGAGAAAAGGCGCAACAUGGAGGUAGAGGGCUAUAAGACUGACAUCAAGCUGCUGAGACAGCGGUUAAAGGAUGUAGAGAAGCAACUAUUCAAGGUGACGCUGAACAUCGGGCCAGACCAAGAUCUUGCAAUUCUGGAUGCAGUGCGGCAGGGCAACAAAAAGACGCAAAAAAUUCAAGGGGAACUGCGCAACUUAAAGGCCAAAAUCUAUGGCCUGGAGAAUGAACUGAGAAUCGAAUAGAGCACAAGGGAGACUGACGGAGCUGCCACACUAAACAAGGAGCCACAGGUAAAGGUCUACCCUGGCUCUACCUCUGGGAUUAUAUAGUGUGUUCGGCCCAGGAAGGAA